CGGACUACAGACUACGCACGGGAACAGGUUGGAGAACUGGGUCGAGUCACUAAACUGCUUUUUUCCCACCAUAGUCACGUUGCGACGGUGAAUAUCAGGGCUGUUUUUCGUAGUGUCGACUACGGUAAAGGUUUUCCUCAAAUUUUUAGCUGGUAAGUUUAGAAUUAAAUACUUUUAAUAGAAAUACGGCAUUGUAGACGUUUCAUGACUCUUAUAAGGCUUUGUAGAUUGAAGAUUGUGACGAAUUUUGCCUCCCAAUAUUUGAAUAUGCAUGCGUGCAAAACGGCACGCAUAAAUCAUGGCAUGAAAUAUAAUUCACGUGUUUGUGUUUAUUGUAAAACGAAGAAUGUCCUGGUGAAUCCAAAUGUUUAGCUGUUUAUAUUAUUUUAGAGAAAAGCUGGAUUUAAUACAGUAAAAUGGGAGAUAAAUCCUCGGAUAAAUCUUGUUGUGAAUUAGUAAAGUAAGUACAAUUUAGAAUUCACUAAAAAAGUGCAUUUAAUAGUCAGUGUCAGAGAUAUUUAUAGUUUUGUAUUUAAUUAUGUUUUGUUCACUUUGUUAUUCACUUGGCUCAUUGUUUGCCUUUAUAUCUUUUGUCAGCACGAAAAAUACUGCUACAAGAAACAAGUAAGUCGUGUGGGUUAACGCAUAAUUUGAAUGGAGUUUAAAUUUGUAAUUCUUUUACAAGGAUAUUCUAUUGUUUUCUAUUGAAACCAUUUCGUCUUGAUUUGUAUGAUUUUAUAUAAAGACAGUGUUUGUUUAAUAUGUUUAUACUGAUUAAAGUGAUUAUGUCAUUAUAUGAAGCAUUAGAAAGUUUAGAUAUCAAAAAGAAUAAAUAACUAAUUAAUAUAUGAACAAUUCAGUUUUUAUCUCAUUUUGAUGGCAAUUAAAUCUACAUGUAGCUUAUUAAACACCAGGUUAACUUAAAAUUCAAAGCAAUCUUCCCAAGAUAUUGUCUACAAAUUUUGAAAUAUUUCUUCAGAGAUCUUUUCUGAAUCAGUAGGAGUUGUUUUAUCUGAAGUUUUGAAAUAAAAAGAUGUGCAGAAAUACAUAAACUAAAACAGCAGAUCAAAUUUCAACUAAGGUUUAGGGUUAAUCCACCUUAGUAAUCCACCUUAGGGUUAAUCCACCUUAGUGUUGGCCAAGUAUUCAGCCCAGCUUUUAACAUUAAAACAAAAACAUUUAGAUAUUAUAUUUUAUACUUUUCCAUUUAGUGGCACAUUUCGCUGGGAUGAUGCCAAAGACAAAAUACUUCUAAGAGAAGUUCGUGUGGUGGAACCGUAUAUAUGGAAGGGUGGCAGCAAACAGGCUGGGCAAGGAUGGACCGAGACUGCAAAAUUGGUCAAUACAUAUGAGGGAUUCAAAGAUAUGCCAAGAGAUCAACGAGCUGUACGUGAAAGGUUUAAUAAAUUAAUGGGAGAGUUUUGGUCAAAAACAAGGGCAGAAUUGAAUGCAAGUGGUAUUAGCCCAGAUCCACCAACAGAAAUUGAAAUCCUUCUUGAAGAAAUUUCUGAAAUUAUGUUAAACACUGUUCAUACUGAUAAAAACAAACAUGAAAAAGAUGAAAGAGCAAAGGCUUUGUCAGUGAGGGAUGCAGCUAUGCAUACAUGGGGUAAGAGCAAAGAAAGAUUGGGAUCAAGUGAAGAUGAGUCAGAUGGAAGUAGUGAAGAGAGCAAUAAGACUAAACAGACUAAACGAAGAAAACAAAGAAAAAGAAAGAGCAGUGGUGAUGCUUUUGAGUAUUUAAGAAUGCGAUCCGAGCAGUCUAUGUUAGUUCAACAGCAGGAAAUGGAACUUCGGAAACAACAGGCUAUGCUUGAACAACAAAAGUUUGAUGCCAGAGAGAAAAAACAGCAGCAGAAACAAGAUGAGCUGAUAUCACAGCAGCAAAAAAUGAAUCAGCUUCUAGAAAAUCAACAAAAACAAUUUAAUUUACAGCAACAACAGCAGCAGAUGCAAAUGCAGAUGCAAAUGCAGAUGCAGGCAGCAAUGCUGGCUGUGUUAGAAAAGGUUGCCAAGUAACAUCUUGUUGACAUAAAAUAAUGAACAGCUUUGAUUAUAUUCUGACUCAUAUUUAUGACAUUUCCUAUUUAUUUUACAACAUUCUAGUUAAUUGUUGCAUUUUGUAGAGUAAAAAAUUCAUUCCAGUGGCAAAGGUAGCCAUAGCAAGUGGUCAUGCUAUGCAAAUUUUUCAUUAUUUGCACUAUUCAAACCUAUAAGAUUAAAAUGAUUCGUUUGUUAUUAAUAGUGUAGCAUGACUGGUUUCCAUGGCUGCAUGACUUUGCUACUGAGUUAUGAUAUUUCUUGUUUUUAAUGUUAUGUUGUUUCAGGUUUUCAUAUCCUGCAAAUGUGUUACACUAAUGGUCCACCCCUGAUAAGUUUAACCUUAGGAUGUAUUGUCAGUGGCUUGAUGAUUAAUUAAAACAUCAGUUCAAGACAGGUAUUCAUCAACUGUUGGUGGUGCAAUAUCAAAAUAGUCUGAUGUCAUAUUUCCAUAAAAACAAGUUAAUAUAUUUCUCAUGAGUGCACUAACAAGGUACUGCUUACCAACUGCACUCAAAUGUAUUUUGAGGUUUUUCUUGUAGUCUAUAAACUUAAAAUAGUUGGAAAUAUCCCCAAAUAGCCAUUCCACCGAAACUCGUACCUCAUUCAUGGCUUUGUUGAAGGCUCUCAUUUGAGGGGUAAGCACCUGUACAUCACCUACUUUGUAUGGACACAUCAGCUGCGGGCGAAGGGGAUAGGCUGGGUCCCCAUAAAUGCAUAAAACAUCACCAGCUGGAUUGUAUGCCACUUGUUGCAAGGCAGCAAGAACACUUGAAUCUUUGAGCAUGCCUGCAUCAUGACGCCGACCUUCGACCGGACCAAACAAAUUAGCAACAAUACCAUUAGGUAAAGCGACAGCCUGAAACUUGAGGGCAUGUACUCUCUUAUGGCCGUUAUAUACCACCCGUUGGUUCUUCCCUGGACGACAGAUCUGUCGAACUGUUCCAUCAACAAAACCAAAACAGUUCCUGAGGGGUGCACCUUUUCUAGCAAUUGCUAUUGCAUAACUCUCAAGGCACUCUCUCGAAAGAAAUGGUUGGUUCCAUGAUGUAAGUCGAUAGCCAUGUGUUGUGUAUACCCAGUCGAGGACGGUGUUAGUGAUCAUGCAUAAUUCUGGAACAGGACGACCAAAACUGUGAAUCAUAUCUAAGUAACGGCAAGGGUAAUUUAGUCUUUUCAACAAAAUACACAAGCCUUCCAUUCCACUACAAACAGUUCCUUGAGGACAAACAAAUCUGUCUGGAAUACGAAGCGAUUGCUUUAAAAGAGGCAGGUCAUGUUUUUCAAACCUGAAUUCCGCUUUGCAUUCAUGGGGAUCCAAAUUUUCAAAAUCGAACCCAUCGUAUGUCCAGUAAGGAAAUUCUGGAUUUUGAGGUUUGUACUGUGCAAAUAAAACAACAAAUUCCUCUUCGCUUAUAAUUUCAUCAGCCAGAGCAAUUAUCAAGGCAUCGCACACUUCUUGGAAUGAUGGCAUUUUGUUUAAAAGAUUUUUUUACUUUGUAUACAAGGAGAACAGAACUUAACCGUAGCUGUAUUCGUGUUGUUCUAUCUUAAAGUUCCCGCGCGCGGUAGAUGGUGACAGUACUCGACCCAGUCCAUGCGCCGAUUUUUAACCGUAGUCUGUAGUCCGUAGUCGGUUAUCUUAAAGUCGC